AUGCCUCGAGCUCCAAAGCGACGACGCUACUCGCUUGAGAAUCAAGAGGCUGAGGAAGAGUAUUAUUCCUCCUCCUCCUCCACCUGCUCCUCCUCUUUUCCUUCCUCUUUCUCUUCCUCCUCCCCUUCCUCCUCCUCUUCCUCCCGCUAUCUUCUGCUUUCAAGUAAUCCAAGCACCCCAGAGUAUGAGGAGCAGGAGGAAGAGGAGGUUCACGCUGCUGCUGGGACACUGAGUCCUACCCAGAGCUCUCCACUUGCCUGUGCCCCCCCUACUGCCAUUGACGCUGCUGCUCCAUUGAGCCAGUCCAGCAGCCAAGAAGAGGAGGGUCCGAGUACCUCCCGGGCCCUGCCAGACACAGAGUCCUUGCCCAGGGACGUGAUUGAUGAUAAGGUAGCUGAUCUGGUGGGGUUCCUGCUCCGGAAGUAUCGCACACAGGAGCUGACCACAAAGGUAGAAAUGCUGAGUAGCGUCAUCAGAGAGCACCAGGACCACUUUGCUGUCAUCUUCAGCGAGGCCUCUGAGUGCAUGCAGCUGGUUUAUGGCAUUGAUGUGAAGGAAGUGGACCGCACCAGCCACACCUAUGUCCUAGCCACCAACCUGGGCCUCACCUAUGAUGGGAUGGUGAACCAUGUGCACAGUAUGCCCAAGACUGGCCUUCUGAUACUCAUCCUUAGUAUAAUCUUCACGGAGGAUGAUUGUGCCCCCGAAGAGAAGAUAUGGGAAGCACUGAAUGCCAUGGGGGUGCAUGCUGGGGUGGAGCAUUGCAUCUAUGGGGAGCCCAGGGAGCUCCUCACCAAAGUUUGGGUGCAGGAACAGUACCUGGAAUACCGGCAGAUGCGCAACAGCGAACCAGUACGGUACGAGUUCCUGUGGGGUCCCAGGGCCCACGCUGAGACCACCAAGUUCAAAGUCCUGGAGUUUCUGGCCCAGAUCAACGGGAGUGACCCCAGAUCCUUCCCACACUGGUAUGAGGAGGCUUUGAGAGAGGAGGAGCAGAGAGCCCGGGCCAGAAUUAGCACCACAGAUGAUCCUAGUGCCAUGGCCAGUGCAGGCUCUUCUGCCAAGUCCAGUCGCUUCUUCUGCCCUCAGUGA